GGUUCCCUCUCUGUCUCUCGAAACUGCUCUCUCUCUCGAAGCUGCUCUCUCUCUCUCUCUCUAUCUCCUUCAAUUUCAAUAAAUAUUUGAUGGGUUUUCUUUAAUGUUCCUCUUCCUUGCUGGGUUUUACACUUGAUCAUCACUCAACAAACCCCCCGAAGGACCCAGCAAGAUUGAUCACAUUAAAACACAGGAUCCUCGGAUCAUACUUGGCAUCCAGUCAUGACUACUGAUACAAACACCCUAGAGUAUUGGUUGAACUGGAGGUUCUUCCUAUGUGCAAUAUGGGUCUUAACAUCUAUGGUUGUGUCUGCCAUUAUAAUAUGGAAAUUUGAAGGUUCCAAGAAAUCAAAAACUGAGAUAAGAGAUAAUUGGCAAGUAGAUACGGUAGGGACUUUGUACAAGGAUGAAGCUUGGACGACGUCUUUGAAAAUAAUCCAUCCUGUUUGGCUGCUCGCUUUCAGAGUGAUUGCUUUCAUCCUGCUUUUAGCAUUGCUUAUUGCCAAUGUUAUUCUUGAUGGAAGCGGCAUAUUUUACUUUUAUACUCAGUGGACGUUUUCGUUGGUCACCAUAUAUUUUGGGCUUGCGUCUUUAUUCUCCAUUUCUGGGUGUUGCCAAUAUUGCAAUGAUGUUGGUGGUGAUGGGGUUGAUCGUGUGGCUUUAGAUGCAGAGCGGGGUACUUAUGUGCCUCCAGCAUUGGAGGAAAAUGGCAAUAUGCUGAAUAUGUCCAAAAGCUUGAAUUCCCUUGAAGAACCUCGUGUUCGCAAGACUGCAGGCAUGUGUAGCUAUGUAUUUCAAAUCAUUUACCAGAUUUGUGGCGGCUCAGUGAUCCUUACUGAUUGCGUCUUCUGGUUCAUAAUUUAUCCAUUUCUCACCUCCGAUGAUUACAAAUUGGGUUUUAUGGAUGUUUGUUUGCACUCAAUUAAUGCUGUUUUCCUCCUCAGUGAUGUGUUUUUGAAUGGCUUGCGGUUCCCUUUCUUUCGAAUCACAUAUUUCAUUUUAUGGACGGGUAUAUAUGUCAUUUUUCAAUGGAUCAUCCAUGCUUGUGUUUCAAUGUGGUGGCCAUAUCCAUUUCUUGACUUGUCAUCUCCAUUUGCUCCUCUCUGGUACAUGGGAGUGGGGUUUAUGCAUCUCCCAUGCUAUGGCAUCUUUGCUCUAAUGGUUAGGUUGAAACAUUUUUGCUUGUCAAAAUUGUUCGUGGAUGCUUUUUCAACAACAAGGUGAGAGAGUUUUACUGGUCAUUUGAGCUUUUGCACCACAGAGAAAGCAUUUUGCCAAAGCCGACUCAACUAUACUGAAAUACAUUUGUUAAUCAGGCUGCUUAUUUAAAAGUGGUUCAUAGAUUUGUUUUUUGGGGGCCAUAUAUUCUGUAUGGGAUUCUGUUAAUUUAACUUUGGAAUUAAGGAAAACAAUGUAUAAUUCUUGAAAACUGAUGCCUAUUCUAUUCAUCAAUCCAUCAUCUACAUUAGUGAUGACAGUAGAUAGAGAAGCAGUGAAUCAGAAGUACAGAGAAGACGAAGAAAAACAGAGGCAGUUUGGUUUGGCCCUUUGUGCAUGCAUGUCUCCCCUUUGAUCUCCCAUCAAUAUAGUGUUGGGCAGUUUCAAUAA